GGCCCGGGCGCCGCGAUGACCGUCACGUACACAGCUCGCGUGGCGAACGCGCGCUUCGGCGGCUUCUCGAAGCUGCUGCUGCUGUGGCGCGGGAGCAUCUACAAACUUCUGUGGCGCGAGCUGCUCUGUUUCCUCGGGCUCUACAUGGCGCUGAGUGCCGCCUAUCGCUUCGUACUGACCGAAGAGCAGAAGCGCUACUUUGAGAAGCUCGUUCUUUACUGCGACCAGUACGCCAGUCUCAUCCCGAUCUCUUUUGUGCUCGGCUUCUACGUGACGCUGGUGGUGCACCGCUGGUGGGACCAGUACCUAUGCAUGCCCCUGCCCGACGCGCUCAUGUGCGUGGUAGUCGGCACAGUGCACGGGCGCGACGAGUGCGGCCGCCUCUACCGACGCACGCUUAUGCGCUACGCCGGGCUGUCCGCUGUGCUUAUACUGCGCUCGGUCAGCACCGCGGUCUUCAAGCGCUUUCCCACCAUAGACCAUGCGGUGGAAGCAGGGUUUAUGACCCGUGAGGAGCGCAAAAAGUUCGAGAACCUGAACUCAUCCUACAACAAGUACUGGGUGCCUUUCGUCUGGUUCUCCAACCUGGCGGCGCAGGCUCGGCGAGAGGGCCGCAUCCGCGACAACGGCGCCCUUAAGCUGCUGCUGGAGGAGCUGACUGUGUUUCGGGGCAAGUGUGGGAUGCUCUUUCACUACGACUGGAUUAGCGUACCCCUCGUCUACACCCAGGUGGUGACCAUUGCUGUGUACAGCUACUUCCUGGCCUGCCUCAUCGGUCGCCAGUUCCUGGACCCGGCGCAGGGCUACAAAGACCACGACCUGGACCUGUGCGUGCCCAUCUUCACCCUGCUGCAGUUCUUCUUCUACGCGGGCUGGCUCAAGGUAGCUGAGCAGCUCAUAAACCCCUUCGGAGAGGACGACGAUGACUUUGAGACCAACUUUCUGAUCGACCGCAACUUCCAGGUGUCCAUGCUGGCCGUGGACGAGAUGUACGACGACCUGGCCAUGCUGGAGAAGGACCUGUACUGGGACGCGGCCGAGGCUCGCGCUCCCUACACUGCGGCCACCGCCUUCCUGUUGCAGCAGCCCUCCUUCCAGGGCUCCACCUUCGACAUCACGCUGGCCAAGGAGGACAUGCAGUUCCAGCGGCAGGACGGCGUGGAAGCGCCCUUGAGCGAAGCACACGGCGACUUCCUGCAGCGCCUCCUGCCGGUGGGCGCGGGCAUGGCCGCUGGAGGCCUGCUGGGCCGGCGACUGUCCUUACUGCGCCGCAAGAAUAGCUGUGUGUCGGAGGGAUCCACAGCCGCCAGCUGCGCGUGCGCGGGCGCCCACGACGGCGCGGCCCCAGAGUGCAGUUGCGGCGACCCGCUGCUUGACUUAGGCCUGCCGGAGCCGGAGUCUGAGCCCCACGCCGUCCCCGAGCCUCCCGCCCCCGCCCUCGGGCCGCCCGCCGAGCCCUUCGCUGCUGUGCCAAUGCCCGGGUCCCGAGGGCCGGCUCCACCCUGGCUGCCUAGCCCCAUUGGUGAGGAGGAGGAGAGUCUCGCCUGA